AGCAUUGAAUAUUCAAAAACUAAAUCGAUGAGCGAAAUCGAUGCGCAACUGUCAGUCAGUCGCCUGCCAGGCUUCCAACCCAACGUUACAAAAGCGAUUCGAAAGCGUUUUUUUUUCGAAAGUGAUUCGAAAGCGAUUGCUGCGCCCGAUAGCCGAUAGGAGGCAAGCCUGACGGAGAGAACAGCCACCUAGCAAUCGAUAGCCAGGCAGCAACAGCACCAAUGAGCCGCAUAUGUGGGAGAGAGACGGGGGCGAGCGGCACGUCGGAGCAGCUGCAGCGGGAACAGGACGGCGGCACAGCGGACCAGGCGCAGCGGAAGCAGGAACGGAAUCUCAAGGAGCUACUCGAGUGGUUCCGGCAUAAUGACAAGCUGCCCAAGGAGAUUGAUCCGCUGCUGCUCCGGCGCUUCUACCAGUGCAUGUUUGGCGACGUGGAUGAGACUCGGAAGCUCAUCGAGGUGAACUACGCCCUGCGCAACCGGCACCCGCACCUGUUCAUCCGGAGGGAUCCUUUGGACGCAGACAGCAGGCGCACCUUCGACUAUGCAGACAUUCUACCGCUGCCGGGCAUAACGCCGGACAAAUGCAAGGUGUCACUGUACUGCUUCCGGGAUUUCGAGGCCUCCAAGAUGCACCACACGGAGGACACGCGCGCCUUCUUCAUGGUCAGCGACUGCCGGUUCGUGACGCCGGACGAUCUGGCCAACCCGGAAGCCCUGUCCGAGGGAGAGGUGCAGAUUUUCGACAUGAAGGGCACCACCAUGCGACACAUUUCGCGACUGACGAUCAGCACGCUGCGCGCCUACAUCAAGUUCCUUCAGCUGGCAUUUCCGGUGCGCCUGCGCGCCAUACACAUGAUCAACUGUCCCACUUAUCUGGACCGGAUCGUUAGCGUGGUGAAGCCGUUCAUCAGCGAAGAGGUCUUCAAGCUGAUCCGCUUUCACACGCAGAGCAUAGAUACGCUGUACGAAUUCGUGCCGCGAGAGAUGCUGCCGGAGGAGUACGGCGGAGGAGCCGGCUCCUUGGAAGCACUGCGUACCCAUACCCAAAAGGCCUUGGUUGAGAAUCGCGACUAUCUAAUGGAUCCCGAUCACUGGGUGGUGGUGAAGCCGGAGAAGCGGAACGAAAGCUCGUGGAGAUUUUUUAAAUGAUGGUCGAGGACAUGUUCCAGGGUGACGAGAAAGCUCUUUCAACCAAAGACCGUUAGAAGUUUUUCGAAUAAAUGGGAUAAAUAGUUCCUGCGGCUUUUUAUUUCUUAAA